CUGGUAGGUGCAGGAGGAGAUCCAAAUACUUCAUUCAUGAAACUGAAACCUGAUUAAAAAUUCUCUCACCUCUACAAUACUUCACCUGCUGAGACAGCGCCUGCAGUUAAAUUCCUUCGGCCAUUUGUUUAGUUAGUGGUGGACUUGGUUUUACUUUUUUUUUCUUUUUCCAGGACUUAAAAACAAUUAAACCUUGUGCUUGAGGUGUUGACUAUGGAAGCAGGCAACUAAAGAUGGGGUCGGUGACGUCGCGCUUUGGCAACUUGUGUGGGAAAGAGAAAAAGCAAGAGGAGGAGAGACACCUGCGAGCWAACGACAGACAGUUCAACCUGACUUUUGACUACGCUAACAAUGCCAUCAAAACCUCCAAAUACAACAUUUUCACCUUCCUGCCUCUCAACCUGUUUGAGCAGUUCAGGCGUCUCGCUAAUGCUUACUUCCUCUUCCUUCUUCUCCUUCAGCUCAUCCCACAAGUCUCCUCUCUGUCCUGGUUCACCACGGCCGUGCCUUUGAUCCUGGUACUGUCUAUGACUGCAGUCAAAGACGCCAGCGAUGACAUUAACAGACACAGAUGUGACAGGCAGGUGAAUAACCGGCAAGUGAGCAUCCUUGUGGAAGGAGAGUUGAAAAAAGAAAAAUGGAUGAAUGUUCAGGUUGGAGAUAUAGUCAAACUGGAGAGUGAUCACUUUGUCACAGCAGACCUUCUGCUGUUGUCCAGCAGUGAGCCUCUUAAUCUUGUCUAUGUGGAAACAGCUGAGUUAGAUGGUGAAACAAAUCUAAAGGUCAAACAGGCCCUGACUGUAACUGGUGAGCUGGGAGACAACAUUGAUGCUCUUGCUGCCUUCAGAGGUGAAGUUCAGUGUGAGCCUCCCAACAACCGUUUAGACAAGUUCAAAGGAAACCUGACCAUAAACGGACAAACUUACGGCCUGGACAACGAUAAAGUCCUGCUCAGAGGAUGUACUCUGAGAAACACAGAGUGGUGCUUCGGUCUGGUCAUCUUCGGAGGUCCUGACACAAAGCUCAUGCAGAACAGUGGAAAAACAACAUUUAAACGGACCGGCAUUGAUCACCUGAUGAAUGUCCUGGUGUUGUGUAUUUUUGCCUUCCUGGUGACUAUGUGCUUCAUUCUGGCCAUCGGCAACGCAAUCUGGGAGGUGAGGGAGGGCUCUGUGUUCACCGYGUUUCUCCCUCGUGAAGCGGGCGUUAACGCUGCCCUGUCAUCUUUCCUGUCCUUCUGGUCCUACGUCAUUGUCCUCAACACGGUGGUCCCCAUUUCCCUUUAUGUUAGUGUGGAGAUUAUCCGCCUUGGGAACAGCUWCUACAUAAACUGGGACAGGAAGAUGUAUUACCCCAAAAAUGACACUCCUGCUCAGGCGAGGACCACCACACUCAACGAGGAGCUGGGCCAAAUUAAAUAUAUCUUCAGUGAUAAGACCGGCACCCUGACGCAGAACAUCAUGACUUUUAAUAAAUGCUCCAUUAAUGGCAAAAAUUAUGGGGAGCUGUUUGACUUUUCUGGACAAAGAGUUGAAAUAACAGAGAAAACACAAAAAGUGGACUUCUCCUGGAACCARCUGGCAGAUCCAAAUUUCAUCUUUCACGAUUACAGUCUGUUAGAGACCUUAAAAGAGGGAAACCCGGAGGCUCAGGCCUUCUUCCGCCUGCUGGCUCUGUGUCACACCGUCAUGCCUGAGGAGAAGAAAGAGGGGGAGCUGAACUACCAGGCUCAGUCUCCUGAUGAGGGCGCUCUGGUGACCGCGGCGAGAAACUUUGGAUUUGUGUUCCGCUCGCGCACACCAGAGACCAUCACARCCAUGGAGAUGGGCAGAAAGGUCACAUACGAACUUCUGGCUGUUCUGGAUUUUAACAAUGUGCGCAAAAGGAUGUCAGUAAUUGUACGAAGUCCUGAAGGUAAACUGACUCUGUACUGUAAAGGAGCAGACACCAUCAUCUAUGAACGGUUACACCCCUCCUGUAAAAAGCUGAUGGAAGUUACGACAGGACACCUUAACGAGUAUGCAGGGGAUGGCCUCCGCACUCUUGUUUUGGCCUACAAGGACUUGGAGGAGAGCUACAUGGAGGGGUGGAGACAGCGCCACCAUGAGGCCAGCACAGCCAUGGAGGGACGAGAGGAGAGACUCGAUGAACUUUAUGAAGAGAUCGAGAAAGACAUGAUUCUGCUGGGAGCAACAGCUGUGGAGGACAAGUUGCAGGACGGUGUGCCACAGACCAUUGAACAGCUGGCUAAAGCUGACAUCAAAAUCUGGGUGUUAACUGGAGACAAACAAGAGACGGCAGAAAAUAUCGGUUAUUCCUGCAACAUGCUCAGAGAAGAGAUGAAGGAUGUUUUCAUCGUGGCUGCAAACACAGCCGAAGGAGUCAAAGAGGAGCUGCAGUAUGCCAGAAGAAAAAUGAGUCCAGAAGCAGCAGACGAGCCGUCAGUGAUCAAAGCUCGGGCAGGUUUGUUUUGGCUGCAGAAGACAGUGUAUGACGAGUGGUUCAUCACGUUGUACAACUUGAUGUACACAGCUCUUCCCAUCCUCAGCUUGUGCCUCUUUGAACAGGAUGUAAACGACCGCUGGAGCUUCCAGUACCCUCAGCUCUACUCUCCCGGCCAGCAGAACAUGUACUUUAGUAAAAAAGCCUUUGUGCGCUGCAUGAUGCACAGCUGCUACAGCUCCCUAAUCCUUUUCUUUAUCCCGUGGGCAGCCAUGCAUGACACAGUUAGGGAUGACGGCAGAGAUAUUGUAGACUAUCAGUCGUUUGCUUUACUGGCACAGACCUGUCUGCUUGUAGCGGUGAGCGCGCAGCUGUGUCUGGACACACAUUACUGGACAACAGUGAACCAGCUGUUUGUGUGGGGCAGCCUGGCUAUGUACUUUGCUGUCACAUUCACCAUGUACAGCAGCGGCAUGUUCCUCAUCUUUACCUCCGUUUUCCCUUUCACUGGCACAGCAAGGAACUCUUUAAAUCAGCCAAAUGUGUGGCUGACAAUCUUCCUGAUCUCUCUUCUUUGCAUUUUGCCAGUGGUGGCUCUCCGUUUUGUUCUCUUACAGAUUCGUCCAACUAUCAAUGACAAGGUGAGAAAUCUGGUGCGAGAGGAAGUGCUGCCAUCGCCCGCGCCUCGCCGCCCACCUGCCCGGCGCAUCAGCACCCGUCGGUCAGGUUACGCCUUCUCCCACUCCCAGGGUUAUGGCAACCUGGUAACCUCUCAGCGGUUCCUGCUCAAGCGGCCCAUGAAGCCUCGGUCCCUCCUUUUCACCCAGACAGACUYAGGCCUGGCUGAAAAUAAACCCCAGCAGUACCGCACCAUAUCUGAGGAGCCGGAGGAGUCACGGAGCUCGCAGUGUUAGGAGACAUGCAGAGGCUUUAUUGAGCUCAGGGUAGAAAUCGCAGUCUUGUAAGGUUUCUCUGUCAGGGUGUAACCCUUAAAGUAGACAUAUCCUGCUUUUAAAUCCUUCCCUUUUAUAUUUAAAUCAAUCAGUUGGGGGUCUAAAGUGAAA